AUGGCCACUUUAAGGCGGGCCAGGGGCGCGAGCGCCCACAGCUGCGGGCCGCGGGAGCCAUCAGCACCGGCCCCGCCCGAGCCGGCGGCCGGGACGCGGGCUCCUUCUGCCGCGAGGCCGUCGCGGGACCCGGCACGUGGGCACCCGGCCAUGGCGGCCUCAAUUGUGGGCCCGAAGCGCGGCCGAAUCUCUGGCCAGGCAAAAAUAGACCUCUUAUUAGUUGGAGAUGUCACUGUUCAGUACCUGGCUGAUAUUGCACAGAAAUCCUUUUCAAAUAUUGCAAAAGUCUCUGUAACUGUCAGGGAUGUGGAGGGGGCAGCAACACUUCUGCUGAAUUGUCCCUUUGACGUGGUUUUCCUGAAGAUGACUGCUUUACCAACUGCUGACGAGGCAGAAGCCACCAAAUUAAUUAGAUUUGGCAAGAAGAAAAAUAUACAUUUGCUGUUUGUUUUUAUAACCCCGGAAAACUUCAAAGGUUGUGUUUCAGGGCAUGGAGCUGAUAUUACUUUAACUGAACCACUGACAAUCGAAAAAAUGGGUAUUGUGGUAAAAUACUGGAAAACCUAUUUCUCAAGUAUUGUUAAGAAUGAAUCUUCUAUGAAGCCUGAAGAACCUGGAUUACCUGUGCAGAAGUCCUGCAGUGAACACUUGGGAUAUUUUUCUACUGAUCUAUUUGCUUGCUCUGAAUUGCUAAGAAGUAACACUGGGCUUGAAUUAAAGACUCAAUUGCCAGAUUUUGAGAAAAGCAGAAAGGUUUCUCUUCUUCAUUCAAGCAAGGAAAAGCGGAGAAGAGAACGAAUCAAGUAUUGCUGUGAGCAGCUGCGUACACUGUUGCCAUAUGCAAAAGGGAGAAAGAAUGAUGUGGCUUCGAUUCUUGAGGCAACAGUUGUUUAUGUGGAGUACAUCCGGGAGAAAAUCCCUCCAGCCGUUAUGGCCCAGAUUACGGAAGUACUUCAGAACGAUGAGAGGUUUUGUAAGAAACAGCAAGUGUCCAUCCAGCUAUCCCUCCCAGGCCCGAUCAUGGCACAAAGGGAAAGUGAAGUGUUGACAAACGCUUAUUCACCUGUGAGAGAGAUCAGACUCCUGGCUAAUAAGUGUGUGAAUGUGUAUUCUGUUCCUGCCUCAGGGGGCUCCUCGGAUGACGCUGUGAGAGGUCAGUCCAGCUCCGCUUCGGAGAACGCAAUCGAUGAUAUGUAUAAAACUCAAAUUCCCAGCAAAGCUCUCUCUCUUAAUUCCUUCCAUGCUGUCAGAUACUAUUCUAAAGUUGUCCCUUCCUAUGAUGCAGCUGCCGUAACAAAUCAGAACAUUUCAGUUCAUUUUCCGUCAGCUGUGCCUGAAGUCUCAAAAUUUCUUCCUGAGCACUGCGGUUCUGUGCUGGGCGAGAUGUGCUCAACAAAUCCCAACUGUCUGGUAAGUCUUCUGGGGAACUGUCCCGUUCUAGAUGAAGACCCAAAUCCUCCUGGCCUGCUUUAA